AUGAGAGCAAUGAGAGAACGAGAAACGGUCUGCGUCACCGAAUUGCAGUCUCAGUGGCGAUACGGAGGGGAACAGAUACAUACUAUCAGACGUUAUUGCGCAGAAGAAAGUGCUCUUGGUAAGCCUUACUGUCUUGAGAACAAUGGUGGCGAGGAAUCAGUCAAAGAUUGCUUCUCAACAUGCAGCAAUGAUGUUGUAAAGGGCGGCAGUAUUGCUUGCAAUAAUAAUAACGAUGAGGUUUAUGCGCUUUUCAAGCCACAAACACAUGACCCAAUUGUUACAAGCUGCAAGUCUUGUUUCUACUCUGAAAUACCAAAUGGUGACCCCGGACUUUUCAGAUGCAGAAAUAACCCUGGCGGUCAGGACAAUAUUAAUUGUCUUCCAUUCCAACAAGCUGGUUGUUAUGCUUCCAAGUCAAGAAUAAGAACAGGCUUAAGAUUGUACAAGGAAGUAUUCAGAGGUUGCUCUGCAUUCCCAGAAAAUCUCGUCGAGGAGGGAUGUUAUCAAAGCCGUGGAUCAAGUGGUGUUAUUAGAGUUUGCAAAUCCUGGUGUGGAGAAAAUAAAUGCAAUGGAGACGGUGACGAUCACAUUUUGUCGACACUACCAGUCCCUACCACAAUAGCCGCUUCCGCAACAACCACUUCCACAAAAGGCACUACAACUACAGCAACUCUAUCGACAACUUCAGCCUCCUUUGUUGAGUAUAUUGUUGACGAUCAAAUAACUCUUCUGAAUAUUGCGUGGGAUGCAAUUUAUGAAGAUAUGGGCGCAUCACUCUCUCUUAAACUAACAAAAAAUGUCGCAAAGGAUGUCGAGAUCAUAUUAAAAUACGAUGGUCGGCUCAAGAACAUAUUUAUUACUGUUCAAAGUCUAGAAUCACCUCAAAAUCGUGCGGACGGCACCACCGCUAAAUUUCAAGUUAUCGCAAAAGUAAGCCUAUUGACAGAUGAUUUUAUUGACGCCUACAAUAACAAUUUCGGAAGUUUUUCCGAUUAUAAUUCACUUCAAGUCAUAACGCAAGCCGACCUUCUCAAGAAGGAACCCAUUUCAAGUACAAACCUCGGCAAUGAUGAUAAUAGCUUUCUUAUCGUCAUUGUAUCAGUAUGCUGCGUUCUCAUUGUCGUUAUCAUGCUUAUAGGCUGCAUUUUACUAAAGCAAAAAAGAAAAAAGAACGAUUUGAAAAAUAACCAAGUUUCAAAGAUAGACCAAACUCCAGUUGCAGAUGGCUUCUUUUACCGCAUUGUUAAUGGGAUAAGAGUAUCAAUUCCUGCCGAAAGACUGAUAUAA